AUGCCCGCGCCCUUAGCCGAACUGCGGUGCCCCUCCAGCAUGCCCCGCCCGGCCGUCGGCGCCCUGUCCCGCCGCAACGCAUUCCCUCCCGGCCGGCCCCGGAGCGGAUCGCGAGGCGGAUCCGCUGACCUGCCAUGCCGCCGGGCCAGCGUCGCGGCCGCUGGGCGAUCGGAGUCGGGGGGCGAGGCGCAGAGGGGGAUCGGGUCCGUGGUGGGGGCGGUGUGCGCGGCGAUCUUUGCUCAUGCCGCGUGCUCCCCGGGAGCCGUGGCCGCCGCGGUGGAGGAGGCCAGGUGGGUGAUGGUUGAGAUGCUGCAGGCCACGUGGUCUACUGGGGGGCCCAAUUAG